GAUCAGAGCCAUUCGGAAUUUGGAGAACCUAGCAGUCAGUCGUAUUUGCUUUGUCCACGUCAAGUACCAAAAUACUUGACUCUGGUGAUAAAAGAGAGAGAGAGAGAGAGAUUUAUACGGGACAGUCAGAAUUUGAACACGAAACAAAGAGGCUCUCUGCAGUGAUUCCAAUGAAACUGGACUCGAAAACGUCCCAGUAGUACUCCUAGUUGACGCAUUGAUCCCAGUUGGGUUGGCCUGUUUCCAGACUUCCGUUUGUGUAGCCUUCCAACGUGACUUCCGACCUUUUCAAGUAGACAUUUCCAUUGGUUUUCCUCUCACCAUGCAGUCUUGACGUGUAAUACGAUCCCAAUAGUCCAUAAAUCUAUUGCCAUCCUCUCGUCGUUCUGCCCGUCUCGUUUGGCAUUUCCAUUUGAAUUCAUGGGCGACUUCUCCAGGAUGGAUCGAGUCGUGGGAAGAGACAAGGAAAAAUCUUUCCUGGACGUGGAUUGGAUCAUUUCUGAACUGGUUUCCCAAAAGCGAGACCAGCAAUCGUUAGAAUCGACCCCGUCAUCGCCAUUAAAAGCUGCCAAAGACCUUGAAUUGGAUCGGAAGAGUGGGAAGAGUGCAAACUUGAUAUUCAAUCGGAAACAGCACUCCACCAUUCCCGAAAACCAGAUUCGUCAACUAUGUUUGGUAGCACGUGAGGUGUUUCUCCAACAACCAAUGCUUUUGGAACUCGAGGCCCCGGUAAAUAUUGUUGGCGAUAUUCAUGGUCAAUAUCAGGAUCUCUUACGACAUUUCGAGAAAACGGGAUAUCCUCCGGAUGCCAAUUACUUGUUCCUGGGGGACUACGUGGAUCGUGGACGAGAGUCCAUCGAGACCAUCUGCAUUUUACUGGCCUAUAAAAUCAAAUAUCCGGAAAACUUCUUCCUUCUCCGAGGGAACCAUGAAUGCGCCGGACUGAACAGAAUGUACGGUUUCUACGAUGAGUGCAAGCGUAAAUACAGCAUAAAGUUGUGGAAAACUUUCGUGGAUGUAUUUAAUUGUCUUCCAGUGGCGGCCGUCAUCGAAGGAACCAUAUUUUGCGCCCACGCGGGUCUUUCACCGCAGCUCUACGAUCUAGAUCUGAUUAUUGACAUUGAAAGACCCAUCGAGGUUCCACAGCACGGCCUGCUUUGUGAUAUUCUUUGGUCCGAUCCUGACGCGCACGCAACCGGAUGGGAACCGAGUGAUCGGGGAGUUAGUUACCGUUUUGGGCCGGAUGUCGUCGAGAGUUUCCUGUCCAAGAACAACCUGAGUUUGGUCGUCCGCGCCCACCAAGUGGUCGAGGACGGCUACGAGUUCUUCCAUCAGCGCUCAUUGGUCACCCUCUUUUCUGCACCAAAUUAUUGCGGCAAGUUCGACAAUGCAGGCGCCAUUAUGCAAGUCAAAGAGGACCUCACAUGUUCGUUUUCCAUUUUGCCCCCUUUGAAGAAAAAAGUGAUGACGAGUCCGACUAAUCGAGAUCCAAAAUUAUACGAGCUCUCCCAAUAUCCAAGAAUCUCGUGAAACCAACCACAAGCAUCAUCCUUCGCAUUGGCGAGAGGGCCAACGCUUAGAAUUUACUUACGAACCCAAAUCCCAUUGCCAAUCUCUACGUUCCAUUUUGGCGUAAUCCCUCGUUUUCCGAAGGGCCAUGUCAAAAAGACGCAUCCCCCUAAUUCCACGAGCAUGGACACUAUCGAAUAAAGAUAACGCAUUUAAUGUCUCUCCAGUUGACA